AGUGCAAAAUGCUGUUGGAUCUGGUAUAAACUGGCUGUAUUUCAAUAGAUGGUGAAUCUCUCACUUCAUAAAGCCUAAUGAGAUGUGUACUUAUGGGCUCCUUUACAAAAGACUGUCUGCCUGUCCCCCUGAGGAGGGGUAUGGAGGACUUUCAGAUCAAUGACCAAGAAGUGGGAGGCACAGACAAUGGACCAAUAAAGCACAGAAGUAGCGUGAGAACAUCUGAAUAAAAGAUUAGUCAUGUUGUUUGGAAAUGGACGUACGGCAAUACCUAAUUAUAUUGCAUUUUGAGCUAAUUAAUGCUGGUGUGAGCUUGUAAACAGCCAUUGCUCAUAACUACCACAUCAUUAAUAAUCCGAGCAAUGCUCAUUGACAUGCUUUUUAUUAUUUUCCAUGUUUCUCCCUUUGGAACAAAUCACCCCCGGACUGGAACUAUAGUGUGAAUUGGGGCCAUUGGUUUGGAGAUAUCAAAAACCAGUGACAAGCACAUUCCGAAUCAGUCGUCACCAGUUAAUCUAGGCCUGCUGCUGUGUCUUAAUAGACCGUUAUCCACAUCACUUCAGCACUGAUCUUUCCACAGAGGUGUGGAAAUAAAGCUCACCGAUCCCAGACCAACCUUGGAAAGAGUAAAUAAAUAAACAAAUGUCGACUAUGAACCAAAUGAAAGAUUGGGUGUGUUUAAAUGCCAAGGUCUAUGACUCGAUUUUUAUGAAUCUUUUAAUGGAUUGUCAGGCAAUAGUGCUGAAGUAUAUCAGCCCAGUACCAUUGUGUGAUAGUCGAUUUUACAGUAUAUUUUAUUUACAUUUGUUCUCCCAUUAUUUGUUCUUCCAUUUAUUUACAUUUACUUCCAUUUGUUCUGUUUUUUCCCUCUCUUUUCUCGUGAUCUUGAUCAACUACUAAUAGACUGGUAAUUAAUGCACAAUGUUAUAUUGACAUUUUGUGAUACUUCAAUCAAUACUAAGCAUUACUAUUAUAAAUUAAUGAACAUUAUGCAUAGUGUAGCCUAAGUACAAAAGUGUUUAUUAUGAUCUGACUCUACAGGGUGAUAGGUCUAACCAAUAUGAUACAGUUAAGCAUAAUAGGGUGUAUGGGAGAGAUGGGACUUGUUGUCAGUGGGGUAACUUUAAGAUUUUGAGUCAAAAGUAUAAUUUUCCAGCAGUGGUUUUGUAUGUGUUUUACUAAUAUUUAGUUUAAAACGUUAUAUCAAUUAUGUUAAUAAUGAAUACAUCCAGCAUCAGUUUUUGUUUUAGAUUUUGGGAAAACAGUUGAAAACACACACACACACACAAACAAUCUGUCAUACAUUAAGGCAGUACAUUUUAAAAUACAGUACGCAGUGAAAAAAAAAUAGAAGUGACAAUCCUGUUAUCUAAUUUCCAUUCUAUCAAUAAACAUACAAGUGUUAUAAAAUAAAAGGGUUUUGUUGUUGUUGUUGUUGUUGUUGUUGUUGUUGUUGUUUUUAAUCAUAAGGAUCUAACGGUCGAAUAGUUUUCGAUUGCUGAACCUUUUCCAGCGAAAAUCUUCUGGUCUGGCUGGUCGGACUUUCCAGAGCCGCGCGCUCCUCCCCUCCUCCGCCUGAUCUCUUUAUAAAUCCAGAGAGAAAACAUGAUUAUCAGACUGUCAGAGGCGUCUUUCUGAGCCCCGCACCUCUCCAUAUUCUACUAUAAAAACAGGAGCACCCACCCAUGCUCUCCAAAAAGCUUGACGGACCGCGUGGAGGACAGUCCUUUGACUCCAUCAAUAAGAGUUACGAACACAAGCAACUCAACAAUGAGACAGACGAGAACAAAGACAAGAUAUGUUCCUCCAAGAGAGAACAUGCUGCAAUUGUCUUCUCUCUGAAGAAUGAAGUCAGAGGGGUUGUGAAGGCAAUAAAGUUAUUUCAGGACAACCAGGUAAAGCUUUUGCAUAUUGAGUCACGUAAGUCCCGGCGGCGUAACUCAGAGUUGGAAGUACUGGUGGAUUGUGACAGUGAUCGAGAAACUCUAAAAGAGGUUGUUCAGCUGCUGCGCAAACAAACAAGCAUUAUAACCAUGGACUCACCUGAUAGGUUCUCGACUCCUGCAGACGAUCUUGCUGAGGUGCCUUGGUUCCCCAAGAAGAUCUCAGAUCUGGAUAAGAGUGCCUGUCGUGUUCUGAUGUAUGGUUCAGAUUUGGAUGCGGAUCAUCCGGGAUUCAAAGACAACGUUUAUCGUAAGAGAAGGAAAUAUUUUGCUGAUCUUGCCACUAGUUACAAACAUGGAGAACCUAUACCACGUGUAGAGUUUACAGAGGAAGAGGUGAAGACGUGGGGUGUCGUUUUUCGGGAGCUGAAUAAGCUGUACCCCACACAUGCCUGUAGAGAGCACCUGAACAACCUGCCUCUGCUCACACAGUACUGUGGCUACAGAGAGGACAACAUACCACAGCUGGAGGACGUGUCCAACUUCCUGAGAGAGAGAACUGGCUUCACCAUUCGCCCUGUUGCUGGGUACUUGUCACCGAGAGACUUUCUAGCUGGUCUGGCCUUCAGAGUGUUUCACUGUACACAAUAUGUGCGUCACAGCUCAGAUCCUCUCUACACUCCUGAACCGGACACAUGUCAUGAGCUGCUGGGUCAUGUUCCUCUGCUGGCCGAACCCAGUUUUGCUCAGUUCUCUCAGGAAUUAGGACUUGCUUCUCUCGGUGCGUCUGAUGAUGCUGUGCAGAAGUUAGCAACAUGCUAUUUCUUCACGGUAGAGUUUGGCCUCUGUAAGCAGGAGGGUUCGCUCAGAGCAUACGGCGCUGGGCUUCUCUCUUCAAUCAGUGAACUUAAGCACUCUCUCUCAGGCUCUGCUAAAAUCAUGCCCUUUGAGCCCAAUGUCACCUGUAAACAGGAGUGUCUCAUCACCACCUUUCAAGAUGUUUACUUUGUUUCUGAGAGUUUUGAGGAAGCCAAAUUUAGAAUGCGUGAAUUUGCAAAGACAGUCCAGCGUCCAUUCUCCCUGCGGUAUAACCCGUACACACAGAGCGUGUGUGUGCUGAAGAACGUGCCCAGCAUCAACGAUGUGGUCGAGGAGCUCAGACACGAGCUGGACAUUGUAGGAGACGCUCUCUGUCGACUCAGUGCACACCUUGGUGUCUGAAACCAUUAUGACGCUUGCUCAUAUUAAUAGCAUUUAUUCCUGCUGUCUCUUAUAUCAAGGCAUGUUACUCAACAUUCAACACUGCAAUAGUAUUAUCUCAUUGCCUGCCUUCUCUGACUUAAUGUCUGCCUUCUCUGACUUAAUGUCUCUGUGAGCACCUUUCCUCUGCUAGUGAAAAUCUGACAAAUACCACAAAGCUCUUAAAUAUCCAAACACUGCUUUUAGGAGAGUGUUUAAGUGCUCUUUAAAUACACCAACUAGAGUCCUUCACUGCUAUUCAGACACCACCACAGCAAAAACUACAGCCAUGACAUUAUAUCAUGAUCACUAUAUUCAUACAGUCUAGAUACUCUAACCUCUUCUCCGCUCCAAAUUCAGUCUCUGUAAAUACACAGGAAACGUGGAAAUGGUUCAUCCUUGUAGAGUUUAUAAUCUUCGAAGCCAAAGCUUAGGUUUGAAAAGCAGUCCUACAACGUUAUAUCUUGAGGCUUUAAUUCUUAAUUCUAAACUUGUGUAUUCUCAACCAGUUAAAGGUCUUUGUUUUUUUUUUUGCCAACAUCAAACCUACUGAACCUUGUAGGAAAUAGAGCCAUUAAUUUCUUACCAUGAGCUGAAUCAUUUAUUUAUUAGUGUUUGUGAUAUAAAAAAUAUGUAACUAAAAUGUUCCACCUUUUUCCUAUUAUCCUGAUGUGAAUCUGAAACUGUUGUGUAUAUUGUUUUGUGCUCUGAAAACUGUAAUCCUUGCUGCUCGUCCAUGGCCAUUCGUGUUUAUGCUUAUUGAAUGCUAAUUAAGUAAAGUGAUUCUUAUAAGGUGAGAUCAAAAUGUAAUUAAUAAAUACAUGUAUAAAUGCAGCCAACUUUUAUAAAAUAAUUUGUUAGCAAACUCUGUCUGUAUCACACCAAUGAUUCAAACGGUAUUAUUGAAACAAAUUAUCUCAUAAAACCCACACUUCUGGUAUACAG